GGCUCUAUCUGCGCAUGCGCGCGCGCGUCAGCUGGGACGUAAACGGACGUAAACAAGCUACAGGAAGUGCAGCUGUUACAUUGAUCAUAGCGGGUGAUAUGGAGAGGUGACGCGUCAUCAGACCCAACAGCCAAUCCCAGGACAUCGUGCUGCGAGGAGCGCAGAGAUGACGGAGUGCUUCCUGCCACCCAGUAGCAGCCCUGCGGAGCAGAGGAGGGCAGAGCAUCCCGGGGGCGUGGCUCGUACCCCGAGCUCUGAAGAGAUCAGCCCCACUAAGUUCCCAGGUCUGUACCGUACGGGCGACCCCUCACCCCCUCACGACGGACACCACCAUGAGCCACCCGACGCCGCAUCCGAUGACGAAAAGGAGCACAACAAGAAGAAGAACAAGUUUAAGAAGAAGGAGAAACGCACCGAGGGAUACGCGGCGUUCCAGGAGGACAGUUCUGCCGAUGAGGCCGAGAGCCCGUCUAAGAUGAAGCGCUCCAAGGGCAUCCACGUCUUCAAGAAGCCCAGUUUCUCCAAGAAGAAAGAAAAGGACUUCAAAGUGAAGGAGAAGGGGCCUAAAGAGGAGAAGGCUAAGGACAAGAAGUCCAAAGACCUGACGGCAGCGGACGUCGUGAAACAGUGGAAAGAGAAGAAAAAGAAGAAAAAGCCCAGUGCCGAGCCCGAACCCAUCGUCACGGAGACGGUGAUGACAUUCCGGCCGAUCUUCGGAGCACCUCUAGCGGAAGCGGUGAGGAGAACAGCUCUGUAUGAUGGGAUACAGCUCCCGGCCAUCUUCAGAGAGUGUGUGGACUACAUCGAGAGCUACGGCAUGAAAUGUGAAGGCAUCUAUCGUGUCUCUGGUAUGAAGUCAAAGGUUGAUGAGCUGAAAGCAGCGUAUGACCGUGAGGAGUGUCCGUGUCUGGAGGAGUAUGAUCCUCACACGGUGGCCAGCCUGUUGAAGCAGUUCCUGCGAGAGCUGCCUGAUAACCUGCUGUGUAAAGAGCUGGCCCAGCGUUUUGAGGAGGCCUGCGGGCGGCCCAGCGAGGCAGAGAAACUGCAGGAGUUUCAGAGACUCCUGGGGGAGGUUCCCGCGGGGAGCAGGCUCCUCCUGGCCUGGCUCAUCACUCACAUGGACCACGUCAUCGCCCGCGAGACUGACACCAAGAUGAACAUCCAGAACAUCUCUAUUGUGCUCAAUCCCACCGUACAGAUCGGGAAUCGUGUGCUGUAUGUGUUUUUCACUCACGUCCGUGAGCUGUUCGGUGAUGUGGUUCUGAAGCCGGUCGUCCGUCCUCUGCGUUGGUCCAAUAUGGCCACCAUGCCGACCCUACCUGAGACCCAGGAGAGCAUUAAAGAAGAGAUCCGCAGACAGGAGUUCCUCUUGAACCGUCUGCACAGAGAUCUGCAGGCCGGUGUGAAGGAUCUGUCCAAGGAGGAGAGACUCUGGGAGGUGCAGCGGAUCGUCACCGCACUGAAACGCAAGCUCCGCGAGGCCAAGAGACAGGAGUGUGAGACUAAAAUCGCGCAGGAAAUCGCCAGCCUGUCUAAAGAGGACGUUUCAAAGGAGGAGAUGUCUGAGAACGAGGAGGAAGUUAUUAAUCUUCUCCUGGCACAGGAGAAUGAGAUCCUAACAGAGCAGGAGGAGCUGAUAUCACUGGAGCAGGUGCUGCGUCGGCAAAUUGCCACGGAGAAAGAAGAAAUUGAGCGACUGCGUGCGGAGAUAGCAGAUAUACAGAGCCGUCAGCAGGGCCGCAGUGAAACAGAGGAGUAUUCAUCAGACAGCGAGAGCGAGAGUGAAGAUGAAGAGGAACUGCAGAUGAUUCUAGAAGACCUGCAGAAACAGAACGAAGAGCUAGAGAAUAAAAACACUCAUCUGAAUCAGGCCAUCCAUGAGGAACAGGAGGCCAUAUUGGAACUGCGUGUUCAGCUCCGCAUCCUUCAGACUCACAAGCUGCAGCAGGAGCUCACAUCCCCGCCCACUUCCGAACAGGCCCCGCCCUCCCAGCCCAGCCCAGAGGAACGAUCUAGAGCGGACGAGCCAAUCAAACGCACCGCAGCGGUCGCCAUAGAACCCACGGCCGCUGCCGCCCCAGCCAAUGGGAAGCCUGGUAAAGAUGCCAUGAAGCCAUCACCCAGCAAAGACAAGAGGGAGGCCAACCUGUAAACCAUCUGACCAUCACUACACCUGCGCUUGUGUGUGCUCAUCACGUAACUGUGACAUCUUGGGUCAAGGGUCAGCAAGGUGAAGUGAGAUGGUUGUUACACUGGGAGAAAACUGGACAGCAGAGGACGGAGGCGAGAUGUGAUUUGUAGGUCAAUAGUUCUAAAGAGAGGCGAGUAUGAGAAACAUUUCUGAUUGGUCAUCGUCACAGUGGAGUGAAAUUGGAUUCUUUUGACACGUUUAAGUUUGUAUGUGUAGUUGCAGCAGCACAAUCAGAUCUUUGUGAGUGCUCAGAUUCGAUCUGCCCUUUGACCCCUGCCUAAAAAGAUAGGCUAAUUCUCUUUUUUCUAAUUAGUUAAGAGUAUUAGGGGUUUGUGUUUAAAAAAAAAAAAAAAGUGUAUCUCAUCUGUCCAGGUCAAUUUUUACUCCAAAAUCAAAAGAAAAAAUAGGUAUUAUAUUAUAUUAUAUUAUAUUAUAUUAUAUUAUAUUAUAUUAUAUUAUAUUAUAUUAUAUUAUAUUAUAUUAUAUUAUAUUUUGCAUUAAGAAAAUUAAACCUCUUUUUAAGUCUUUUUUUGCAUUCUAACAUUAUUUACAUUACUAUUAAGCACUUUUCUACAUAAUUGCCAUUACCUUAAUUUAAAUAAAAUGUCAUUCUCAUGACGAACAUGUGGUAAUACAGAAAAAUAUUGAUAUAUUAUUUACAUUAUGAAGUAUAUAUCACGUUGUAUCAAGUAUGUUGUAAUGCUUUUAUGCAGAUUUAAAUUUAAAACGUAGUAUUUUAAGUGCAAAUUGUUCUUAAUAGUCAUCAAAUUAAUGUCACAAUGCAAAAAAAUAAAUAAAUAAGUUUAAUUUUCUUUUUGCAAACAUAUUUUUCUUUUCGAUUUUGGGUUAAAAUAUAUGAAAGCCCGUUUCCAUGGAAUAAAUUAUAAUUGCAUCUCCCAAUUUGGAUUUUUUGCAAUUUUGACAAAAAAUGUCGGAAUUGUGAGAUAUAAAUUCAGAAUUCUGACUUUUUCUCACAUUUCUGAGUUUACAUCUGACAAUUCUUUUCUUGCAUUUUACUUGUUUUCCUCAGGAUUUUGAGUUUAUAUUUCACAAUUCAGUUUUUUUUCCACCACAGAAAAAAACAAGAGCUAGUUGCAACUUCUUAUCUCAAAAUUCAGGCUUUGUUUCCUGCAGUUGCUAAUUUAUCUCAUAAUUCUUAUGGAAAAAAUCGAAUUUUGAUAGAUGAUCUCAAGAGACGUUUCAAGAUAAAAAGUUGCAAUUACCUUUUUAUGUAUUUCAUGGCGUGAACGGGCUUUUAUAUAAAUGUGACAUGUUUUCUUAAAAUUCAAUACUUCAAGCAUUUCAAGAAAUACUAAUAGGAUGUUAUGACACAACACUUAAUUGCAUCCUGUGUGAAAGCUCCAAACCACAGGUGACGAACAUCCAUAUCUUCAGUGUUCACAUUACAUUCAGUGCAAAACAAUCAUUUCAGACAAGCAGGUUUACUUUAUUGGUUAUUACUAACAAAUGCAUUUCAUUUAUGCAGUUCUGCUCAUAAUUAAAUCCUGAAGGAGUAAAUACAUUGAGAAAUAUCCCGGAUGUCUGUUGCCAAUGGAGAAAUAAGGAGAUGAGAAUUCAUAAUGGGCUGCCAGCUCUCCAAUUGUGGGUCCAGGUCUAGAACAGAGAUCAAACUGAGAGAAAAUCAGUGAAAAUGAAGUUGUGCCAGAGGUGACUGUGUGCAGCCGCACGCAAGAAUUACUUUGAAGAUGCUCUUGGACAUCGUCAUACAACUAGAUUGUAUUUGGAUAUUCAAAGGAGAUGGUUUUGAACGUUUAUUAUAAACUUCAAUAUUUAAUAAUCAUAUAUAAACAUCUAAUCUGUAACUGCACUAAACCGUGCAGAUCUGCACUUAUAGAAUGAGAAUGAGUUGAUUGCCAUUUGUUGUGGAGUUGAUAACUUUUUUGUUAAUUUCUGUACGUGUCAUGCUAUUUUUUUUAAAACAAAUUUCGUGAAGCACAAGAAUAUUUUUGAUCAUUGAUGAAGUUUGAGGGGUUAUUAUGGGUGGUUUUAAUAAGUGUAGGUGAUCAGAAUCAAAGAAAAGAGAUAUUGCAUGAAUUCAGUUAUGCUUAUAUUUGAAAGAAAGCUUUAUUUUCUUUCUGCAUAAUAUCUUAUUUUUCUUUUGAUUUGUGGUGAAAUAUGAAACUUACUUUUUUUUGAGAGAUCCACCCAACCGCUCCUGAAGUUUUGGCACAGUUGUUACAGAUGUUCUGACACACUGAUCCAUAGUUAUUUUGGAAACUUGCACUAGAUUGUCACCAAUUCUUUCCUUUUUUUUACUACCAAUAUUCUGUCAGUUUCAUUUUAUUGUGUGAUUAUUAUAUUUGUCUAAAGUGCUUGUUGAAUGCUAGUGUACUACUGGAUCUUUGUAUAUUAUUAUUCUCUUUCAGAUAUAACACAUUUCCUCCCUCUUUUUACUUUUGGUUUGUUUUUUCUUUUUCUUUCUUGACAUGCUGUCAAGUUGCAUUUCAGAGAUACUGUAUAAUUCUAUUUAAAGCUAUUGACAAACUACAUUGUAUGUGUAAAAAAAAAAAAAAAAACUUGUUUUUUCCACACUAGAUGUCUCUCUGUUAGAACUUAUCUCAAAGAGAUACACACCUGCUCGUCUACUUUUGGAAAUGAUAGUUUUUCGUAUUAUAAGCAAAGCUUUUGUAGCUCAUGAUCAUUGUGCACAGAAUGCUAAAAUAAAAUAAAAUAAAAUGAUAUGUUGGACAGUAA